AUGUCAGUGGAUAAAUUGUUCGACAUUCGAAACAAUUUUUACAUUGGGAAUUUUCAGGGAUGCAUCAGUGAGGCACAGAAGCUCGCUGCAAAGACAGAAGACGAGAAACAAUCGAAAGAUGUCUAUAUUAAUCGAGCGUACAUUGCACAAGGAAAAUCGUCGGUGGUUCUGGCUGAAGUCCCAGCAUCGACAAAGUCAGAAGCUUUGAAAGCUGUGCGGAGAUUGGCCGAAUUUGAGACGACCAAGAAUCCAGAAAAGCUCAUUGAACAAGUCGAAGGCGAAGCUCAAUCAAGCUCGGAUGAUUACGCGCGAAUCGUUUAUGGAUCUCUGUUUCUCUCAGCAAGUAAGCCAGAGGAAACCCUAAAACUAUUGCACAACGUGGAGCACUUGGAGGCACGAGCCGCCUCGAUUCACGCGCUUUUGGCCAUGGAUCGACCGGAUUUGGCGAUGAAAGAGUUGAAACGAAUGUCGGAAAUGGAUGAAGACGCGACGAUCACACAAUUGGCCACCGCUUGGGUGAAUCUCACCAUUGGAAAGGAGAAGCUCAAAGACGCUUUCUACAUUUUCCAGGAAAUGAUCGACAAAUAUGGUGCAACUCCCUAUCUUUUGGUUGGUCAAUCAAAUGCUCUCAUUGCUCAAGGACAGGGUGGAGAUGCCGAGAAAGUGCUUGAUGAGGUUCUAUCCCGAGAUCCAAACUCAGCCGAGGCUAUGGUCAACCGAAUCCGAGCCAUUUUGGCCAACGAAUCAGCGAAACCAGCGAACAACUUGGGAAAGAAGCAACUUGUACAGGUCACCGCCACCAAUCCCAAGCAUCCAUUCGUCGAAGAAAUCGAAAACGCCACCAUUGCUUUGGAGCGUUUAACU